AUGAGUGAGAGGAAGGACACGAGAUCUGAGCUCGACGGUAAUCUCGGACGCAAGACGUAUCGCGGAUCCAGGGACACCCCGCCAGAAAUUUCAACCCCGCACUACGGCGUCAUUCCGGACAAGGCCGCCCGAUCAACAACAUUGCCCCCUUCCCUCUUGUCUCCUCAUCAUCCUCAACUCCCACGUCCCCCUUCUACGACAAGCAACAACAAUGUCAACACCAUGAGCAGCCCAGCAUCGAGGCGAUCUCUCUCCACGGCCGAUUGGCCGAUCGAUCCGGCGCUAGAGAACUCGCAGCCCUCACAGCCUUCCCCUCCACCAUCCCCGCCGCGACGGAUCACGCGGUCAUCCCAGGCUACACUCGAAGCGUCUCAGCCGCCACCGGAAUCGCAGAACGAGAAGGAGGAUGAGAUAAUCGAGAUCGUAUCAGGACCCGGGCCGAGACGACACCGCGGCGGGAGUGCUUCUCAAAGCAGGCGUCGACCCCGCUCCUCGAGUCUCGAAGACAACGGCGCCGAUGUCAUCAACCCUCCCGAACCUAAGCGGAGAAAGACAGCAGAAGAGAGGCAGAGAAGCUACGCGCAAGGAUGGGAGACGCGGAGAGAGAAUCUCUGGGCUGAGCGCAUCCUGCCGACAUACUCAACUGGUCUUGAUACGGAUUACUCGGACCUUCCUCCAGACUUCCUUCUCGACUCUAUCUCGCAACACGCCGGCCGAUACUUCUUUGACCGCGGACUCAUGAAGAACCCAAAACGGAGUUGGCACCGUCGCACGAGCAUUAAGCCGAACAAGAAGAGGCGGAUGCUGGAACAGGGCGGCGCGAUCGCGCGCGUCCUUCGCGAGAGCGGGAUCCAGCCGAGUCGGCUGUCCAUUGACUCGACCGCUGAGCGAAUAGAUGGCGAGCAGGAGACGGAGGAGGAACGAGAAGAACAGGGAGAGGAAGAUGGAGAGGGAGCAGAAGAGGAGAGCGACCGCGUCCUGAGACCAAGGACGAGUACGGGCUCGACUCAGGCCGAAGGCGCCGAUAGAGAAGGCGAGUGCUCAGGCUCCGAUACAGACGCCAGCGAAGACGCCUACAACCCGGACAAAGACGCUGAUCCCGAGUCUGACGAGGAGAAUCCCGCGACCAAUUACAACCCCCCUGUGACCUCCUCUGCUAGGGCCGGCAGCAAACAAGUCGUCAUCGUCGCCCCUGCCGGACGCACGCAACAGCUCCGUGAAGAGGCGAGCCAAAAGUCCAGGAGGAGGGGACCGUACAUCCGCCGCGACAUGCGGAACGCGAUCCAGGGUGCCGGCCUGCUCGCGCUCGGCGUGUUGGUCGAGGAGAUGAUCAGGGCGCAGCUCAAGCAGGCUGGAUAUGCUCCCCGGCAGAGGGAUAGGAGAGCCUCAACGGCCGUCGAGAGCGACGUUGAGCCUAUCUCGGACACAGAGGCGUAA